AUGUUCAUUUCAUCGGUCUUGUUGUUACUGUUCCAACUUUUGUUUGGGAAGGUGCUGAGUGCAGCUCCGGAGAGCACGACCACUGGUUCCGCAUGCCUGUUAGGAGCAAACACUGGUGGCAUUGGCCAUUCUUUCGGUCACCCAAGCAACAACAGCGAUGCAACGACAACGACGACGACGACUGCAUCAAACAGCGCCCACAUCAAUGUUCAGGCUGCUUUGGACCGAAUGGUGGAAACCCUGCAAGAUAUAUCAACAGUCUAUAUUGAAUCACAAACACAAUCCUGGUUGCAUAGCAUCGGGUAUGAGAUCGUGGUCGAGUGGGGACAGAGCUUGCCUAAAGUUGUCAAUGCUUCCACUCGAGCACCCAAGUUUCGUCGUCGUCUCGAACCAAACGACAAUCCAACUGCAGCUGCAGCUGCCGCCAAGCCAAAUGCCCAACAGGGGGAUUUAUUCUCGGAGGAAGCAACCUUUCAAUGGGACGAAGAAAAAGAUAUUGAAACUUACUUUCAAAAGCUACGGACCAUUUGCGAUGAAGACUUUGUGCCUGGUGCCAAUGAUACCGGUGAGCAAUGCUGGCAGUUCCUUAAGAGUCUGAUGGACGACCCAAGAUGCACUACAAGAAUGGAUUCGAGGACCGUCUGCUCGAAAAGGGAACUCACGGAUGACCAGGAUGAACUCGUCCCAACUUGGACUGUCCGAAAGGAAGACUUUGGUGGACACGAUGCUAUCAACCUCGUCAUUGUGGGGGCAGGGCCAGCGGGAUUGACAGUCGCCAGUGCCCUUUCAGAGCUUCUAAUUCGUCAACAAGAAACAAAGGCCAGCAUGUCUUCCUCAUCAAUGAUGCCACGAAUUCACAUUACAAUGUUUGAAAACCGAGCCAAGGCGCCCGGCAUCAAGCUGCCCUACACUCGGCAUUGGGGAUGCUCACCCGACCUUGGAGAUCUUAUCGCCGUUGAUCCGCGGAUUGUGGAACUCUUGGAGCUCUUGGCCAAUCCGUUGCUACGAGAACGAGGUCCCUGGAAUCGAGUCACUUCGGUACCUCUCAAUGUACUUGAGACGCUGCUUCUGUUAUCUGUCCGACAACGGGGAGUCACACUAGUGUAUGGAGAAGACGUUACAGAACAUCUCAUGGAGUUACAGCAACAAGUCCCCAACUUGCUCGUUGUAGACGCCACGGGCCACCGUUUGCAUACGUUGAUUCGUGAACGCAAAUGUGGCUCAUCGAAUUCAGCCGCAGAAGGGGACAAAUGCGCAACCUCUAACACAGACGAGUUGCCUUCCUUUUACGGCUACACAGGAGCACCACUAUUUGAAACGCCAGACCUCAGAAACGCCUCAGUUUGGCAAUGGUAUCCCUCCAAGUAUGUCCCUGCUAUGAUUGAGCAAGGCCAUGUCGGGAGUCUCAAGAUUGCCGAGGGCGGAGCUGGGCAGCUACUCUAUCCUGUACAUGCUAACACGGGCCAGCCUCUGGCGAGUUAUUGGAUGCAUAUCCAUAAUAUUCCACCGCCAAGCGACAUCAACGAUCCUCCCAAUAUCACCAAACACUUGUUCUACCACCCAUCCACAACACCAUUGUGCCGAGCAUGUCGUGAGAACCACCCAGAGUUUCGGCGACAGGUGGAUCAGAGCAUUGCCAACAUGACAAGUUGGUUGGGCGAUACGUCUGACUUCUCAGACCUGCCAAACUUCGAUGGGGCCAAGGACUAUAUGGAUUACAUAGUCGGAAUCAGGGGCUUGCAAACCAACAGUAGCGUGGAUGUCUUGUGUGGAGGCGUUUGCACUCCCAACUCGUUCUAUGAUGGGACGGACAACUUUCGUCAAGGUAUUCAAGACGUGAUGCUCUCGAGGAGUCGCAGAGGAGCGCAUUUGGAGCAUGAAGUAGGAUCCAACAAGAAUAGCGACACUGAUGAUGGUCCCUGGUUUACUGCUCGCAUCCUCAAUGUCAACUUGUUACAGGCUCAAGCAGAGGUGCUAAUGGACAUCUUGUCGUCGCAGGGCCAUGCCAUGGAUCCCAACGGCAUGCCUAUUGCCAAGCUUCCGCUAAAAGCCAUGUCACACAUACCUCUACUGCAGGAAAACGGAUUGAUGGAAACCUUGUCAACUGUGGCAGAGCACUAUGCAGGUGAUGGCCAACCAACCAUUGCAAUUUUCUUGCUCCGGCCAUACCACUACAAGAAUGUUACGUUGGACACAGAUGUCGUUGAGUCCUUGCUACGGCAUUCAAAUCGGUCAAGCAACCAGGACAUUGAGCUGGACCCAGACCGCACGUCCACGACAUCAUUGCCUCGCAUCGUUCGAAUUGGUGACAGUUUGUUCUCUGGAGAUGUUAAUCUUAACUCCGGGCUUGCUAAUCACCUUGCUAUGAUCAAGGAGUGGAUGUGUCUCUUGUCAGGUAAGGCCACUCGAGACGAAUGCUUGAAAUUGGGCUUUCACAAAAUGGAGGCUUCUGAAUGGGAUGAGUGGUAUGAGGAGGAUGAGAAUGGGGAGUGGGUAUUCACCGAGUACAUGUAG